GCGGAGCUUAAAUUAUGUCACACGGUGUUCGUCAGCGAAGCGUUUGCUAAUCCAAACACUGGUACUGUUGUUAGUUUAACAAUGUGUGUUUAAACGCUAGUGUUAGGUUAUUUACACUUUUUGUUGACAGUAAUGUUAUGUCUUCACCAACGAAAACUGCAUUAUUUUUAGAGCAGUAGCGUAAAAGCAGCGUCAGAGAGUCUGUCGUCAUUUUUUAUUUUGUUUUGUAAGGAAAUGCUUUCUGAAUGAUCACCUCACUGAACAGGUGAGAGAAGAGUUUAUUUCCGGUGUUCCUCGGGUAGAAAGUAGCAGCGUUAGAGAAGAAGGCAUGGCCAGCGGCAGCAGCAACAGUGUCAACAUGGACCCAGAUGUGGCUCGCAGGUUGUUUGAGGAGGGCGCCACCCUGGUGCUGCUGGGUGUUCCUCAGGGUACGGAGCUUGGAAUUGACUGCAAGAGUUGGCAGGUUGGUCCUCGCUUUCGUGGUAUUAAGAUGAUCCCCCCAGGCCUGCACUUCCUCCACUACUGCUCUGUGAAUUCGCCAAGCUGCGGGGGAGAAAUCGGCCCCAAAACGGGCCUCUUCCUCACUCUCAAACCCAGAGAGAUCCUGCUGGCCAACUGGGAUCGCAGAGAAGAAGAUCUGGAUUUCUCAGCCUCUGAGAAUGAGGAGGAGGUGAAUCGCAUCCAGGGGACUUUGCAAGAGCUGGAUCCCUUCCUGGGCCCUUAUCCGUACGAGGUGAUGAGGAAGUGGGUGUCUCUCACCGAUCACAUCAGCGAGGAGCUGGCCACCGACCUGCAGCCUCUCACGGGGCGAGUCUGCGCCUUCAGCGACGUCAUCCCCGAGCUUCAGUUCAGACACACCAAAGACCGGGCCGAGCAGCCGAGGAACGACACGACCUGUCAGAGCAUGAGAGAAGGACUGGACAGGCUCCCUAAGAUGAAGCAGAGGGAAGGAACGGAGCUGCGCUUCUCAGUGAUCCCCAAGAAGACCUACCCUCCCGGAGCCACCCCGGCUGAGAUCACUAAGUGCAGCAUGGACUUGAGUUAUUCCCUGGAGACGGUGCUGGAGAAAAAGUACAAGAACCAACCUCUCAACCUGCUUGGUGAGCUGCAGUUUGCGUUUGUGUGUUUCUUGGUUGGAAACGUGUACGAGGGCUUCGAGCACUGGAAGAGCCUCCUGGCUCUGUUGUGCCGCUCGGAGGAGGCCAUGAGGAAACRGAAAGAUCUCUUUCUGGGGCUCAUCACUGUCCUCUACCACCAGCUUGGAGAGGUCCCCCCUGACUUUUUUGUUGACAUUGUGUCGCAGAACAACUUCCUCACCAGCACCCUGCAGACAUAAAACAAUUUUAAGAAUUAACUAACGUACAGAGGUUUGUGUUAGUGCUUUUUAAAUUUUUUUCUUAUUAUUUUUAAAAUUCAUAACAUCAGUUUUAGUUUAAUAUUAGUUAUAUUUAUGGUACCCUAGUAGUCUGCCUCACUACGGUCACUAAGUAGAGGCUAGUUUCAUCAUUUGUGUGUAAUAAUAAAAAGUGUCAUUUGUUGAA